AUGCGCGCCCCGCCGGCCGAGCUCGCCGCAGAUCCCUACAGCGCGGAGCAGGAGAUCCCGCGCACGGGACCGGACAACUGGGUCACAGUCCCCGUGGGUGAGAUGCUUUCGUUUGGGGCUGAGAGGGGGCUGCUCGUUGCGCUCUAUCCGGUCGAGGAAGGCCACAUCGACGCCUGCGACAUCGACGCUAUCGCCGAGUGGGGCCUCCCUGUCCCGGACCUCAACGGUGGGUUCAAUGAAGGGCUUCGGUACGUCCGCGGUGAGGACGGUGAGUUGGACAAGGAACUCUCCGAGGACGAGGACGACGACACGGACAUGGAACUCUCCGCGGACGAGGAGUACGACACGGACAUGGAACUCUCCGCGGACGAGGAGGACGACACGGACAUGGAACUCUCCGAGGAUGCACCUGAUCAAGUCGAGCAGGCCAGGCGCUACAGGGAGUGGAUGGCCGCGCACGACGGCGCUCAGCCGGGCCAGGGGCGAGGCGCGCAGCCCGACGAGGUGCAGCUGGCGGUAUGGAUGUCGAAUUUGAAGACGAGGUGCGCGUCGGGCGCGCCGUUGAUGUCAGACGUCGUGGCGGUGCUGGACGAGGGGAUGGAGCCGGGCUGGUGGCGGACGGAUUCACGCGCCGAUCAUCAAGUCAAGCAGGCCAGGCGCUACAGGGAGUGGAUGGCCGCGCACGACGGCGCUCAGCCGGGCUGGGGGCGAGGCGCGCAGCCCGACGAGCACCAAUUGGCGCAGUGGAUGACGCACUUCCGGACGCGCAGCUGCGCGGCGGGCACGCCGUGGAUGUCAGACGUCGCGGCGGUGCUGGACGAGGGGAUGGAGCCGGGCUGGUGGCGGGCUGCCCUGUGA